ACUUUCUUCUCAUUUUCAUUUUCAUUUGCAUUUGCAUUUGCAUUUGAUUUUCACAUUUACUCUCAUUUUUAUUUUUAUUCUCCCAUUUCAAAACAAUAAACAUGUAUGCAAACAAGCAACCUCCUAGUGGCCCUAGAAAAACAGUGUCAAAAAAAAAGCAGCUGCAUGACUUGGAAAGAGUCGCAGGGUCAUCCUCAAGACCCUCUUCACGUCCGGGAUCACGCAUGGGCUCGCGUGUCAACUCGGAUAAUGAAGAAAGUGAUCAUGAAUAUGAGGCUGGAGUAGACGAUGACUUUGAUGAUCAGAAACAUGCAGACGAAUCCUGGGAGGGACAGCUCAAAGAUGCCAUCGAAGAUUUGAACGAGAAGCGAUCGAGCGUACGCGAAGAUGCAUUGACAAAGCUGCAGACUAUUAUAUCUCAGCGCUUUACAGCAGAUGUAUUAGAUUCACAGAAGGAUGAGUUGAUGGAAUUGCUCAAGAAGAGUAUCAAGAAGGGAGGUACUCGCGAAUGCGUCCUCGCAGCGAAUGUAAUUUCGCUGAUAUUUAUCACAAUUGGCGAGGAUGACGAAAAGAUGUUUACGGACCUUGCACCUUUACUCAAAUACACCAUCACGAAUCACGAACAGACUGAAGCCAAGGCAGCCUGUAUAUAUGCACUAGGAACCGCAUGCUUCAUUUCCUCAACACCUCAGCCAUCUCACUUGCCGACAUAUGACCUUCUUGGCUUCUUUUCUGAGAUUGUUAGUACCUCAGGAGCGUCUGUAAAUGCAUCCCAGAACGCUGAGACUCUAGCAGCGGCGUUGGAGUCCUUUGGCGUUCUUUAUGCAGGACUAUUCCCACAUCUUGGGCCUAAGCAGAUUACGAUGCAUGCCCGACGCUUCUUUAACAGGGUUGUCGAGGGUGCAAAAGAACUGCUAGAGCAUCCAGCUGUUGAGGUCAGAGUCGCUGCAGGCGAGACGAUUGCGUUGAUGCUCGAGAUCCUAAAUCAUUAUCAACGCCAGCGUGAGGAUGGUGAAUUUUCUGACGAUGAAGACAACGACUUGGAGACAUAUAAUGAUGACGAUCCAGAGGAUUACGAUGAAGUCACAGGAGAUUUCCGGUAUGAAGAUCUGGAUGGUCUUAUUGCAGCGCUAGGUGCGCUUUCGACAGACUCAAGCAAACAUCGCAGCAAGAAGGAGAGAUCUGCAGGACGGUCUGCUUUUAGGGAUAUUUUGAAGAGCGUCGAGUCACAGGAACAACCAACAGAGUCACUCAAAAUGAAGGAUUACGAUGUUGAGUUUGAUGGGUGGGUCGAGAUUAUACAACUUCAUUAUCUUCGUGAUCGUCUGACCUCUGGUAUGCAGACCCAUUUUGUGCAAAACACCAUGAUUCACACAAUUCUCCCUAGUACAGCCAUUCUGUACUCCCCAGAAUUAAUCGGUGGCGGGAAUGGCACAUUUGUUUCUGGGUCAAGGCUGGCUGCUGCUGCAGUCUCAUCGCAAGCAGGAUCAAAAGCUGGGUCUCGCGCCGGAUCAAGACCAUCGUCUUCGAUGGGUAUCUAUGCAGACGCUGAAGAUGCUAAGGCUGAACUAGACAGGGUCGAUCGAAAGUAUCUGAAUGCAGAAAUGGCUAAAAUGCGACAGGUCCAGCGCAAAAAGGAACGCAGCCGUGGAAAAUAUGAAGAUUAUUGAGUUGACUUUAUCAUAUCUGUUGCCCCUGAACAUUUGUACUUCGAAAAAUAUCAUAAAUCACAUACUUGUGUGCCACGAUAAUAAAGUACAGAAAUAUAUUCAAAGACG